AUGAACGUGUUCCAAGGCGAGCUAAUCCGCUUGAUCACCGAGCACAGAGCUGCUCCUCGCAUGGCAUCGUCCAGGCAUGCCGGCCAGUCGCUCAAUUACUUCCAGCAGAGCCCCGUCCGCGGGCAGCUGGAGGUGCCAGAUGGGUACUCGCGAAGUGGGUGGCGGUAUUUGCAGUGCACGGACACGCCAAACGAGCUAAGGGUGCUCCUUCCUCCGCGCACGGCGCAGAUCUAUGGCAAUCUGCUUCGUGCAGAACUUGUCGAGCUGGCAAAGGACAGGAAUGCCUCCUGGGACCGUAUCCUGCAAAUCCGCCAUCUCAAGGACCGCAUGAUUCGGAAAUGCACCCGCCUCGCGCGCGCAUCAGCCCCCGUUCCUGCUGGAAAGCAGAGCUCACGCUCGAUGUUCUUCACUGUGCACGCGCCGCCCGACUUCCGGCUCAAGGAGAUGGAGCGCUGGUUCAGGAUGCAGGGUGCGGAGAUCCCCCAGGACGCGGGCUCACCCGGCACCUCGUCUUCCCCCCCAUACUGCUGCAGCAAGUGCAACCCUGCCGGGGCACAGGCUAGCACCAGCCAGACGCCGCACCGCCGCGCCACCUCAGUGAGUCACCACGGCGCGAGCCAGAUGUCCCGCCGGGGAACCGUCUCACACCCAGAGGUCAGCCAACCGGUGCGGCGAGGGACCGCCGCGCCACCGCGCCAUUCAUCUGUACGCCGUUCGCCUGAGCGCGUCCCCCUGCGCCGCGGAGACUCCUCCAGCCAGGCAACCACGCUCCUCAACCCGUCUCCGCCCCCGCUGGACGGCAAGCCCGCGCACGCACACAAGCAGCAGCUCCUGAAUGCCUUCAAUAAAGCAGGGCGCGUCCCCUCCGUGAUGCGCGAGGCCGACGCACAGUUGCGUGUGCGCUCGGUCGAACGCAAGCGGUCUGCGGCGUCGGACGCGAGCGCCAUCUCGCACGCCGCGCGGCUCAAGGCCAAGUCGCCCGAUCCGCUGCCUAUCCCAUUCCGCACACAUGAUCCGGACGCGGCGCCACCCACCGACUCGCCGUCGACGCUGCUCGACGAGCUCCCCGAGCCUGAGCCCAUGUUCACGGCGUCCCCCGAGCCGAUGGCCAGCCCGCCGAACGGGCAGAUGUUGCCGACGAUACACGAGGGCUCAGAGCGCGGCGAGGGCGAGGGCGACGAGGCGCACCGCCCGCUUCCGCGCAGACGAAGCAGCCUGAAGAAGUGUGGAAGCAUCAGCCGGCUGAGCAUCGCGAGCAACACGAAGUCAGUCGCGUGGGCAAUGGACCGUGAUUGGAUUGAGCAGAUGUCAAAUUACAUGAAAACGGCGAACGAGGCCGAAGUGUUAGGACACGAGCUUGAUGGGCUCCGCGUGGGAUACCAACAAGAGGUUGAGACUAUGAAGAGUCUAUGCAGUAACGUCCGCGAUGCGUCGGAGAGAAUCCGUCAAGAGAUGGAGAAGCUCCAACGCGACGAGGAACUUGUUCGCAAGCAAGAAGAUCGUUUAUUGCACACGAUUGAACAGCUUGAGCAAAAGGAAAACCACUUCAGGGACAAAGUCCUGUCCGUGCUCGAGGAAACUAAGCGCGUCGUUAACCUAUGCGACAAGAAACGCGAACUGAACGAAUUGUAA